UAAACACAUUCUGGCAUCUUUGGAAAAAUGUGCAACCGAAUUAAUGUGUGUCAUUACUCCAGGCCAACUGUGAUCCCAAAAUAAUUGAUAAGAAGUCUUACAACUGUGUAGCUUGACACAAUGCGACCCUCUUUGCUUAGAAGACAUUUCUGCAGGGUAGCGGCGUCUUGUCUCGCAAGAUUUCUUUUGAUAAUGGGAAUUCUGGCAGCUUGCUUUAUGGUGAACACGGUGUAUCCAUUUCAUGGGUAUUCGCCAACAUCUCGGGGAAAGUAUUCCGCCAUCAACUUGGAGAAAAGUUCGAAGGGAGAAUCCAGUCUUGGGAGCACAAAACCACAAGCAGGUGUCACAAAUGGCACUUUGUCCUUCUCUAAGAGACUUCGGGAAUUAAAUGUUUUGGUAAAUCAUAGCCAUCAAAUGAAUGCAUCUUUGAUCAGAGUAACUCAUGUCUCGACCUCGGAACAAAGUGUUGUUCUCGGGCAGGAAAAAUUGCCGGACGUAAUUCAAGACAGUGUUUUUGUUCCAGGCUACAUUCAUGGGAUAUUCUGGAGUAAUAAGGCAGAGGCUUCAAUUCAAAGGGAUUUCAGAGAAAUUAGUGCCACAGAAUUAGCCAAAAUGACCAGAGAAACCUCAGUUAUAAGAAUGGUUCCCGGAUGCGGUCAUUCACAGAACCGGUUAUUAACUUUUCAAAAUGGCUGCCAAGUCUGUUGUCGCUAUCGGAACAGUCUCGAUCUCAUUCAAGGUGAAAUUUACGCCUACUCGCUGUCACAGAUCCUACACAUCCAAAACCUUCCGCCAACCACAGUCGGCGUUAUAAACGCCACUGGUAGCCGGUGGGACGCCGUGAGGACGAAUAUGACCGGCGCUAAUUGGCUGGACGGGCACCGCGUCAUUUUCAGCCAAUGGAUUCCGAAUCUCGUUCCCGCCUUUUUGCCCAAGGUCUUUCAGAAACUCGACAAUCGUCUGCAUCCCCCGGAUAUCAUCGGACUGGGCAGCGCCUCGGAAAUCUCCCAGCUCGUCCAGUGGUCGGACAUGAUCGUCUUGGACUACCUGACCGGGAACAUGGACAGAAUGGUGAACAUGCUGGUGAACCAGCGCUGGAACAGCUUCAUCAUGGACAGUCCCGUACACAACUUGGAGCAAUCCAUGGUGACGGGCCAGCUGUAUUUCCUUGACAACGAGCUGAGUUUUAUCCACAGCUACCGUCUCCUGGACAGAUACGGCCACUUCCACGCAGAGAUGCUGCGAUCCCUGUGUGUAUUCAGACUCAGCACUGUGGACAAUUUGAAGAGACUUCAAAGCGAGGGAAAUAUCUGGGAGAGAAUGUGGGAUUUUGCUGUGACUUCCGACUUGUUGGAAUCUAAACAAUUACCCAGACUUUCUCGAAAGAACAUAGACAUUCUGAAAUCUAGACUUUCUGACGUGCUGAAUCAAGUUAAAUCUUGCCAAAAGAUGUAUCCUCAUGAGCACCGUCAUUCAACUAAAUUCAGAGAAUGAAGCUGGAAAAAUCAAACACAAUACGACACGGUUGUUGGAAAAGAAAAAAAAAGGAAAUUGCAUAGUUUGAGAAUGCAACUUUCAGUGGGGCAUUCAGUAUUUAAAAAAAGAUAUAUUGUUGGAUCAUUAUUUUAAUCUC